AUGUGCGGCAGUACCCCCGCUGAAAAGACUAUUCCAAGACCGUACAAAUGUCCUUAUCCUCUCUGUGGUCGCGCAUUCUCCAGGCUUGAGCACCAGACUCGUCAUAUCCGUACCCAUACAGGAGAAAAACCCUUUGUCUGCAAUUUUCCUGGUUGCGAGAAGAAAUUCUCUCGCUCGGACGAGCUCACAAGGCAUUCCAGGAUUCAC